AAGAUUCAAGUUUUAUUAUCAAAGCGUGUGUAAAUUAUACAACCUUGAGAUUUGCUUGCUCAUGGGUAGCCACAAAGCAAGAAACCCCAAAGAACCCAAUUAAAGAAGAAAAGAAUAAAAAUAAAAGAGCAACACUUGAUGCGCAAGAGGAAGAAAAAAUAUUUUAACAAAUCAAGCAAACAAUUGAAGUGAACAACAAUAUUUGAACAACAAUAUUCCGAACCAAAACAGAGUCCUCAGAUCCGAACCCUGGAGUAGGUCCAAAGCCUCGCUUAUCACAGUUCAUCAUGUCAGCAGCACGGAGCACAACAGCCGGGGCAGUCUGCUUGGCCUCAGCACCAUGGUGAUGACCAUCACAGAGAAUGAAUGAAAUUGGCUCUCACUUCAAAUCUUGGCACCCUGUCUUUUCAGACUUUCUGGGCCAGCGUUUAAAUUGACUCAACAAUGGAACAGCGAAAGGCUUUGGUGACUUGGAGUGAGGAAUGAAGAUCAUGGAGAGCGAGCUAAAUUGGCUCUUGCCUCCCAUCUGGCUCAGUGUUUAAAUUGUCUAAACAGCGAAAUUUACCUCGCCCUAGGACGCAGCUGCAGCGAAGGACUCCGGGCCCAGAUUUCAUCACCCAGCCUAAAGCCACUCAAGCUUUUCAAAUCAGCUCGGUGCCCAGAGCAAUCUGACCUCGCACCUGAACAAGUGGAACGAGCUCUGAAUCUUCUCUGCCUGCACCCCGACUUCUUUUGGCUCUCAGUGUGAACAACCUCGCUCCUGGGCCAGCCGUAUGGGCAUCAGAACUGCAUUUGCAAUGAUUCUGUAACACACCAUCUCGCCUCACCAUUGCUCACCACUUCACUGUUUGUGGCAAUAAUAUAACACAAUUUACCCCAGAAAAGGUAGUUUUAGUGAAUUUAAAAAAAAUUAGAUUCCUUACCUUUUUGACUACUAGAAGCUGUCGCACAUGUUUGGUGGUGCAAUCUUAACUGGAAGCUCUUCCCACCCAUUAACCAAGCUCAUCAAUGUAUCCUUUCACUGUUUUUUAAAAAAUCUCUUGGUGGUUUAUCAAGCUUUUCAUUCAAUGUAGCCAUAAAUCAUCUACUCUUUGAGGGAGUGAAUUCCAUAUGGCCACAAUUCUUUAAUUUUGUUUGUUCAAUUUUUUUACAUCAGACAUACUGGAACAUCAUUCUACCAAACAAGUUUAAACCUCAGCCUGCCUUUUAAAAUUUACUCUCUCCUAUACCUGUGUCAUUGUCCAUGUCAUUUCCUGUUGUUCAUUACAGUUAUUAGCAUAACAUUAAUUGCUUAGAUACCAGUAUGGACACCUCACCAGAAUGCAGGGAGCCUGGGGUUUUGAUACCCUUUUCUUGUUCUCUUCAUAUUUUUGUCUACAUUUUACAAAACUUGUGAAUAAGACUUACUGAAAAUCCAUGAGAAUGGAGCGAAAACUCAACAUGGACACCCAGCUGCAAAACUUCUGGAAGGAAAGUAUGACAAAAGAAGAUCUGCUGAGAUUUUGUUGGUUGAGACAUUUCAAAGGAGACCUCAGCAAGCCACCAGCAAGAGUGACUGAACGCAAGAAGGUACCCACACUGCCGCAUGGAGGCUUCCAGAUACAGGAUGCAGCAGUGCAGGGAAAAGAGGGGGGCCCAUCCAAGGAGGUAAAACAGAAGAAGUUAAGAGCUAAGGAACAAGCUCCAACUGUGUCCAUGAGCGAUAUGAGGCCAGUCACCCCUGAGGUUCGGGCCCUGCUGUAUGACGGGUUCUCAAAGGAGGAUAAAGGCAGAUACCAAUACCUUAAAGCCCGAAAGAAGAAAGGGCCCAGUGAGAAAUAUGAGUACCCUCUCACUACUUCCUGGAACUAUGGCUGGAAAAUAGGUGAGAGUCUGUUGGCCAGGCUAAUUAGCAGAGAUGAGAUCUAUUUUGCUGGGCAAAGAGUGAAAGGCCAGUGCUCAUCCAAGUGUAUAUUAUUGUGCAACCUGUAUCAGGAAGGAGUGAGCACCUGCAGCAAUGGGAUGAGUGGUUCAAUCAAUUGCUGUGCUUCUUUCCUAACAGAGGAUAACGCUGAGUACAAGAAACCAGGCUUUGGGCGAUCAGCCUUGGUGGAAACUACUUUCUACCGAAGAAAUGGGAUCUUCAGUGAACCAGAAGCAAGUGAUGUCAUGAAUUGAUGGACUGUGCAAGUUCUGAAAUCAAGAUGGCUUACAGGGCAUAUCGUCAGAUGGAAUUCGGCUCCAGGUUACUGUUAUGAUAUAAGACAAGAACUUUGGGCUGUUCCAUUGGUCCAAGAGAUGUGUGAGUCAAUCAAUAAUUCAAAUUACCUUGAAUCUUCACAGAUCCUGAGAUAAACAGUCUAA